UUGAGGAAUUUCAAGACCGUGAUAGUGGAUGGGCUUUUGUUAGUAACUCUCAUUUAGAGAUCAACAUUAACAAGUAUCAACCAUUACGAGGUUCAAGCUAUGUUGACCUGCCAAAGUUCAUAAAAAACAAAAAAGCAUGUAUAAAUAUACAAAACAACGAUCAAUGCUGUUUUUUAUGGUGUGUAACAGCGGCUUUGCAUCCUUCUACAAAACACCCUGAAAGAGUAUCAUCUUAUCCUAAUUUUCGAGACGUUUUGAAUAUUUCUCAAAUUUCUUUUCCAGUCACAUUUGAUGACAUAAGAAUAUUCGAAAAAAAUAACCCUAUGAUUUCAUUGACGAUUUUUGGUUUGAAAAAUAAUAAAAUUGUUGUGGGCCCCCUUUACAAGUCUAAAGUAUCUAGUAAUCAGAAAUGUAGAAAAAAUAUAAACCUACUUUUAAUAGACGAUGGUAGUCACCCACCACAUUAUGUUCUAAUUAAAGACUUGAGUCGUCUUGUGCGCAGACAAGUAACAAAGCAUAAUAGUAAGAUAUACUUUUGCGAAACCUGUCUGUUAUUUUUUCUCACGCAGGAAGAACUCGCAAAUCACUUGUGUACUGGAAUAGUUACCGUUUUACCAGAAAAGGGGACAGUAAUUAAAUUUAAACAUUUCGAUCGUAAACAGAAUGUUCCAUUCGUUAUAUAUGCAGAUUUUGAAUCGUUACUACAACCAACUGAAACUAGUGACUCUGAUACUGAUACUAGUGAUAGUCUUACCCCUAACACUACAACUUUGCAUCAUCAUAUACCAGCUGCCUUUGGGUAUCAUAUUGUUUGUAACGCAGAUCCGAGUCAUAAUCGUUAUUUCUCUUAUCGCGGUACUGAUUGCGUCGAUAAAUUUAUUGAGGCAAUCUACAAAGAUGUUGCUAAAAUUUAUAAAAUUGUGAACAAAAAUACCCCAAUAAUAUGUAAUGAGAAUGACGACCAAAACUUUUUGAACGCUAAACGUUGUCAUAUUUGUAACCAUUUUCUAUUUUCUGAUCGGGUUCGAGAUCACUGUCACAUUACAGGAAGAUAUCGGGGAGCGGCACAUAAUAUAUGUAACUUACAAUAUAAACGUCCUUGUUUCGUACCUAUUUUUUUUCACAAUCUGUCUGGUUAUGAUUGCCAUCUAUUUAUCAAAAAAUUGGGGGAGGCACCUGGAAACGUCAAAGUUAUACCUAAAACCAAAGAAAACUAUAUUUCUUUUACUAAAUUUAUCCCUAUCGAGAAUGAGUAUUUUCAGCUUCGUUUUGUAGAUUCUUUCAAAUUUUUAGAUACAAGUUUAGAAAAACUAACUACAACUAUGCAGAAAUCUGACUUUGUUCAUUUACAUAAAUAUUUUUGUAAUGAUGAGGAGUUUGAAUUACUUACACGAAAAGGUGUGUUUCCCUAUGAGUAUAUGAAUAAAUGGCAAUGUUUUGAAGAAAAAUACCUGCCAAGUAUUGACUGUUUUCAUAAUUCGCUCACUGAUGAGAACAUUUCUGUAAAAGAUUAUAAUCAUGCGCAAAAAGUAUGGCAACAGUUUAAAAUUCAAAAUUUAGGUGAAUAUACAGACCUAUAUUUGCAAACGGAUGUUCUUCUGCUAACCGAUAUUUUUGAAAAGUUUCGCGCUACUUGCAAACAACACUAUGACUUGGAUCCUGCUUUUUAUUUAACUACACCUAGCUUAUCAUUUGAUGCCAUGCUUCUGAAAACUGGUAUUGAAUUAGAGCUUAUAGAUGACUUUAACAUGCUUAAGAUGAUCCAAUCUGGAAUAAGAGGGGGAGUCUGUAUGACCUCUCUACGAUAUGCAAAGGCUAAUAACAUAUACUUACCUCACUAUGACUCAUCCCAGAUAGACUCAUACCUAAUUUAUAUCGACUGUAAUAAUUUAUAUGGUUACAGCAUGUGUCAGUAUAUGCCCCUAUCAGACUUUAGGUUUCUAGAAACCAAUGAAAUAAGUGCUUUAAAUAUCACUCAAAUCCCUGAUGACUCGGAUUAUGGUUUCAUUCUAGAAGUUGAUAUUAUUUACCCCAAUGAUUUACAUGAUAAACAUAAUGAUUUACCAUUUUGUCCCGAAAAAUGUGUUCCACCAGGUGGGACGCAUUAUAAACUGGUACCUAAUCUAUAUGACAAAUAUUUGUAUGUGAUUCAUUAUGUACAUUUGAAAACGUGUCUUAAACAUGGUUUAAAAUUAAAAAAAGUACAUAGAGUAAUUACGUUCAAACAGUCCCCUUACUUAAAACAAUAUAUUGAUAUGAAUACAAGGCUACGUCAAGAGGCAACGUCUGUCUUUGAACAAGAUUUUUGUAAAUUGAUGAAUAACAGUAUAUUUGGUAAAACUUUAGAAAAUACUGAGAAAAGGGUUGAUGUGCGCUUAGUUAAUCAGUGGACAGACAAUGAUAACACAACAAAAAAGAAAAUCACCGCUGACAGAUUAAUUGCAAGGCCAAAUUUUCACAGUGUAUCAGUUUUUACUGAAAAUUUGGUGGCAGUUCAAUUGAAACCAGAUCUAAUAAUUUUAGAUAAACCGAUCUACAUUGGUUUCGCUGUACUAGAGUUAUCUAAAAGUCAUAUGUAUGAUUUUCAUUAUUCAGUAUUUAAACGUUUUUAUGAUACUCGUCUACAAAUGUGUUACACGGAUACAGAUAGUUUUGUUUAUUAUAUACAAACAAAAGACUUUUUUAAAGAUUUAAGAAUGCAUUUUUUAACAUAUUUCGAUACUAGUUGUUACGAUAUUGAUAAUAAAUUUUUAUUACCUGUUCAAAAUAAAAAAGUGCCAGGACUUUUUAAGGAUGAAAUGAAAGGAAAAAUGAUUAAAGAGUAUGUUGGACUUCGUUCUAAAGUGUAUUCUAUCAAAACAGUUGAUAAAAUUAUUAAAAAAGCUAAGGGUGUGAGAGAACCUGUAGUAUGCAAAUUUGAGUUUUCUCAUUACGUGAAAUCAUUAUUUCAAGGAGAUGAAAUAAAAAGAAGAAACAUAUUAUUUAAGUCGAUUAAGCACAAUAUAUUUACCCAAAGUGUAAAUAAAGUCGCCCUUUCAGCUAAUGAUGAUAAGCGUAUGAUAUCUGACAACCAAAUAGUGACGAAAGCUUGGGGGCAUACCUCAAUACUUAAUGUUUAAUUUGUAAUCAAUUGUCAUGUUUUGUAUAAAAUAAAUUGUACUAUAUGCAGUCAGAGGUCAUUAGUAAAUUGAAUAGCACAUAUAAUUGAAACAACAUUUUGAUAUUAAUUUUAUAAAUCUAUUAAAAACUAUAAAUAUAAGUUGAAGAUAAUAACUAAUUCAAUUAUAUGUCCUAAAAAUAAAUCUUUCUUCUACUUAUUAUACUUAUUGUGUUUUUAUUUUAACAAUAUUAUUCAGUGAUGUCUUAUGAUAAAUAAAUAUAUUAUCUUAUUAUUUUCUUGUUUUCAUUUUAAUUUACCUUAAACAUUUCUAUAGAUAGUUUAUUCAUAAACGUGUUCAUAAAACAAGUUGUGACUUGUUUAGGUAAAGACAUACACACGUGUAAAGUUAAAGCUAUCAUAUAACAGGAUUGCGCAUUUAUAUUUUGCUGAACAAACAAUAGCUAACCUUUAUAAGCGCAAAGUAAUUUUUAAUUGGUUACAUUCGAAUAGCAUCAACGCGUCUUUAUUAUCCACUCGCAGACAUAGACCUGGUUUUCAAAAAAUGGCAGACAGCGAAGACAUCCCAAUUCCAUUUUCGCAAUAUGCACAAGAGUUUGAGCUACCACAAGAAUUUGACGAUAGCGACUUAUAUAAAAAAAUUAAAAAGAACAUCGAAAACCCUAAAG